AUGACAACUUAUAAAAUUUUGGCUUUACCUGGAUGGGAAAAUGAUGGAUUCAUUUUGAAAAAACACAUGGGAGAGUUACAUAAUUUGAUCUCUAAAUAUGUAGAAAUUGAGUAUCUAGAUCCUCCCUAUGAUGUCUCAAAAAGUAUGUUUCCCCUUCCACCUUUAUUAGACACUUAAGGAAGUAAUCAGAUCUAAUUAAUGUAUAGGAAAAGUUUAUAGAUGGGGGAAUUACUAUUUAGACAUGUCAGACGACAUUGAAAAAAUAAAAAAUAGAAUUCUUUAAAAUCCAAAGAUUAUCGGGUUGAUGGGAUUCUCAUAAGGGGUCUUUAUAAUUGGAGAAAUCGGAUAACUAGCUCAUACAGAUUUACAAUUAGCUAAAUAACUUAGGUUUCUGAUUUGCUUUUCAUCUAAUGGAAUUAAACCUAGAAAAAUUCACUAUGAUAAGAAAAAUCUAAUUACUAUACCUACACUUCAAACUAUAGGUUCAAAGGAUUUUGCUUACUUAGAAUCAAUUAUUUAAACAACAGAAUAUUUGAAUUCUCAAGUUAUUUGGACAGAAGCAAGUAUUUUAGAAUGCUAAAUUUAGCUCAUAGAGUACCAAUUUUAAAUUAUGAUUAGAAAAUUGAGUUAGCAAAUUUUAUUUCUAAUAAAUUAGAUCAACCUAAAUUAUGA